UUUCCCAAACUCAGCACUCGGCGGUCCAUGUGGGAACUCCGGGAUUCUUCAGGCACAACCCCCUCCAAGCUAACUUUGAUUCUUGUGUCCUCAGAGAUCCACAGAAGUGGUCCCACCUGUCCUCAGCAGUCAGCGUGUGGAGAUUCAACAAAGCCCCCCUGAGCCGGAGCUCAGCUUCUUGGAGAUGCUGCCCAACAAGACCAUCCCUCACAACACGGCCAACAACCUCACACAGGCGUUUCUCCAGAGUGUGGAUGAGGUUCUCUCCUCGCCAGGCUUAGUGGAGGCGGCUCCUGUGGCCAGCGGUCUGAUCAGGACGGUGGAGGACAUGAUGGAACACAUGGUGACUAAACUAGAGCCAAGUCCAAACGGCAUCAUUUCGCUGGGCGGACGGUCUCCUGUAGCAGAUUACACCCUGAUGAAGCUCCCGCGGAACCACAACCUGCAGCAUUACCGCUUCCCCACGCAGGGCAAGAACUACAUCUCCGUGCCCAGGGAGGCUUUCCACGUGCAGAGUGAGAAAAGACGGCGAAAAUACACAUUUUAUCAUUUCAAAAUGAUGAAUCACAUCAAAUAA